AUGGAGCUGGCAGAGGACCCCAGGUUCCCCCGCCCGCUGGUGGAGAUGCUGAUGAGGAACUUCAGUGUGCCCCCAGCCUGCUUCUCCCUGCCACCCACCUCCCGGCAGCUGCCGGACGAGCUGGACAUGGCCCAACUCAUCAUCAUGGGCCUCGCCACCAUCAUGACGCUGCUGUCGGUGGCAAUCUUUGUGGAAGAGGCUUUCUACCUCACCCGCAAGAUCCGCUGCCCCAUCAAGAUGAGGACCCUACGCUGGAGCAGCUCAGCCCCCACAGUUGUGUCUGUGGUCAGCUGCUUCGGGCUGUGGAUCCCACGCUCCAUGAUGGUGGUGGAGAUGGCCACCACAGCGUACUUUGCCGUCUGCUUCUACCUCCUGAUGCUGGUCAUGGUGGAGGGCUUUGGUGGGAAGGAGGCGGUGCUCAGCACCCUGAAGGAUGUGCCCAUGGUGGUCAGCACCGGCCCCUGCUGCUGCUGCUGCCCCUGCCUGCCCCGAAUGACCAUGAGCAAGAGAAAGCUUCAGUUGAUGAUGCUGGGGACUUUCCAGUACGCCUUCUGCAGGGCGGUUGCCGUCUUCCUGGGGCUGGUCCUGGCCACUGAUGGCAACUACAACCCCGCUGAUAUAUCGGCGGAGAGCGUGGCCCUCUGGAUCAACACUGUGGUUGGCGCCUCCACCCUUUUUGGGCUGUGGGCCCUGGGCAUCCUCUUCCGGCAGGCCCGGCUCCACCUGACGGAGCAGAACAUCAAGGCCAAGUUCUCUUGUUUCCAGAUCCUCCUCCUCCUGACGGCACUGCAGCCCGCCAUCUUUAGCAUCUUGGCCAACAAUGGCAACAUCGCCUGCUCGCCGCCCUUCUCCUCCAAAGCCAGGUCACAGCAGAUGAACAUCCAGCUGCUAAUCCCACAAACCUUCAUCUUGGCGGUGGUGACCCGCAUGUAUUACCGCAAGCAGGAUGACAAACCAGGCUACCAGCCCGUCAACUUUGCACCCGUGAGCACCGAUACCAAGGUGUGA